AUGGCCCCAAUACCGAGCACGCUCAACGAAGAGACAAGGUCUCUGGUAGAAUCACUGCAGAGACGUCAAAAGGACCUCUCGGACUUCCAGAUCAACCGCCUGCGGACAUGCACGGGCCCGCCUGCACUACAACAGCGUUAUGCAGCAGAGCUUCGUGAGGACAUAGAUGCGUUUGCACAUCAGAUUAAGAACCUCGAUAUCGCAGUAGAUGAUCAGAGGACGGAACGAGACAGGCAUGAACUUCGACAGAUUGUUGACGAGUUCCACGCUGCUUUAACGAGCUUGAAGAAAGAUGCGCGCGCCGCACUGCUUGCAUCCAAGAAAGCUAUCGACUCAAACCAGCUGUCCAACCGAGAAGAGCUUCUGCGCUCCUCUGCAGUCAAAGAGAAGCAGAACUUGAGCGAGAAGGUUGCGGAGGAUGCGCUCAUGAAAGCCAACAACGAUGUGACAGGGGCGCUACAGCGAACGAUCACUCUAAUGCAGGGAGAGCUGGAGCGGUCGGUCUUGUCGUCUCAGCUGCUAGAGUCCUCUACUGCCGCUCUACGCUCUACAUCCUCAACUCACGAUGUCCUCGACAGCCUCUUGGAUACCUCCAAGCACCUCAUCACCGCUCUCGAGAAGUCAGACUGGUUAGACCGUCUCCUCGUCCUCGCCGGCUUGUUCUUCUUCCUCCUCGUCGUGGCUUUCAUCCUCAAGCAGCGCAUAGUCGACCGCAGUAUCCGGAUUGCAUUCUGGUGGACGAGAUUUCUCCCGAGCUUGAGCAGUGAUGAGGGGCUUUUGCGGGCAGAGGAAGGCAAGGGGUUCGUGAACAGCUUGAUCACGAGCGCACUCACGACGGCACCAGCGGUCGCUGUUUCAAGUGCUGCUUUCUCGCAAUUUACUACGAUGACAACAACCGCGAGCGAAGAGCUUGGGCCUACCGAGCAAGCGACGUUCAACCCAAUUCUCGAAGAAGUGAUCACCUCCUCAUCGCAAGAUCCAGUCGAGGUGACGCCGUCAGCCGAGAGCGAUGAUCUGUUGGAAAGAACAGCAGAGAGGAGCGCGAUGCCCUCUAAUGUUCCUUCCGGUAUGCAUGACGAGCUAUAG